AUGCAGUUCAAUGUUGUCUUUCUUUUCGCUUUAUGCGGUCUUGUGCAGUCGAAAUUAUUAAAUUUGUCGUGCAAACAAAUCCGUGCUUUCGUCGAUGGGCACAAUUCGCGGAGGCUCCAGCUGGCAAAGGGGGAGGUGCCUGGACAACCAGCGGCUUCGGAAAUGAAAUUGAUGGUUUGGGAUGACGAGUUGGCCGCAAAAGCUGCGAAAUGGGCGUCUAGAAAUGAAUUCACUCAUAAUCCGGACAAAAGUAUUGGCACCGGCAGAUUCAAAACUGGUGAAAACCUCUACUGGUACGGGACGACAGAUAGCAAGCACAAAAUAGAUGUAGACAGCAGCCUCAAGUCCUGGUUCGAUGAGUAUGAACACUACACUUUCGGACCUCUGAAGGAGAGCCAAUUCGACGGCUCGUCACAGUAUCAAAUAGGGCAUUACACACAGAUGGCUUGGGCGGACACGAAGUACGUUGGAUGCGCAAUAUCACAGUAUUGGGAGGGUAAAAUGAAAGAUUUCCUUGUGGUCUGCAAUUAUGGUCCUGGCGGAAACUACUUAGACGACACACCGUACAGGACAGACAGAGGUGCAAGCCAUUCCCUUGUAUGCGAGUCAGAAGCGUGCCGUAAGCCUUACGGUGAUAAAUGC